UUAAUUGGAUUUUUGUGUAAAUGUCUGUUACGGCCGCGAAAUCCAGCAACAUUUGAAUAGAAGCUCGUAGUUACCGCUUUUCACUUGCAUAUAUAAGCAUUUAUUGUUUUUCGAAUCGAGUCUCUAUUAUUAACAUUUGGUGCAAAUCAAAUGUUUAGAUAUGUUAAAAAAAUAUUGAAUUUCAUUUGGUGUUAUUUUCAAAUGCUUAGGAACCCUCGUCAUCAAUUUUCCGGGAAAACCACCGACGACAUUGUCGGAAAAAAAACAUACAAAUCUCCAUCGUACCGAAGAAGACGAAUCCCCCAACACUUAAAUCUCGACACCUCAGAAAACGACUUCCAUCGCUAUUUCCCUGCAAUGAGUGCUCCAAGCAGCGUUUACUCAAGUCCGACACUCAGUCCCAAAAGAUACGGCACCGUUGAUCUUAUCCGUUCCCCGUUUCAAGUUCCGUCCGAUUUCGAAGUCUCGAAAUCCGACAGAAUGUCGAACUAUUCUUACCAAUUACUAUCCCCAUUGCACUCCCCACUUCAUAGCCCAACCAAGCACGAGAUCUCCACGAGCCGUAAGGGCAUUUUCGUACAUUCGCACAAUAAGUCCCUCCCGGAAAGUUCCACCAACGUCCACCCUCUGCCCCGUCCCCCGACGACUUCUCGGUCUUUGCCUACCGGCCGACAAAGCAUCGAUAGAUCGGACGUUUCGCCGUCGAUUAAAGGGCAAUGGCAGAGGGGGAGACCAAUUGGGCGCGGUACAUUCGGAAGUGUUUAUAUUGCAACUCAUCGUGAAACCGGAGCGACGUGCGCAGUGAAAGAAGUCGAGAUGAUACCCGACGACCCGAAAUGCGACGAAUGUAUAAAGCAGUUGGAACAGGAGAUCAAAUUUCUCAGAGAGUUGAAGCAUCCGAACAUUGUGCAGUACUACGGCAGCGAAAUUAUUGAGGAUCGGUUUUGCAUAUACUUGGAGUACGUGCAUCCGGGAUCGGUUAAUAAGUACGUCCAAGAACACUGUGGAGCUAUGACCGAGAGCAUUGUUCGUAAUUUUACUCGUCAUAUUCUCUCGGGGUUGGCUUAUUUACAUAGUACAAAGACAAUACACAGGGACAUCAAAGGGGCAAAUUUACUUGUUAAUUCAUCCGGUGUCGUAAAGCUUGCUGACUUUGGGUUAGCAAAACACCUUACCGGAAAUGAAAUAGAUCUUUCGUUGAAGGGUACUCCACAUUGGAUGGCUCCAGAGGUUUUGCAGGCUGCGAUGCGGAAAGAUAAUAACCCGGAGUUAGCCUUUGGUGUAGAUAUAUGGAGCGUGGGGUGCACGGUAAUCGAGAUGCUGACAGGAAAACCUCCGUGGAGCGAUUCUAAUGGGGUUCAAGCGAUGUUCAAUGUUCUGAAUAAGACGCCACCUGUACCGGAAACUUUGUCCGAUGAAGGAAAGGAUUUUCUUCAGUGGUGCUUUCAGAGGAGACCUAAAGACCGACCUUCGGCAGUUAAGCUGCUGCAGCAUCCUUUUUUGCGUAGUUCGCAGGAUCAGAUAUUUUCCGGUUUCGUGCAAGAAUUCUCCGGAUUUAAAUUACAUGAUUUCGAGAGUACUACGUGGAUCAAGCAAGGAAAAUUGCCACUAGUUAACGGGCAAUGUUGUACGGAACAAACGGAUUCGGGGGCAAAUCCGCACAAUUCUCCUCGUUCUACGCUUGAAGCAGUUCCUCGUGUAAUUUCGCCGGAGGUUAAUUACAAUAGUAAUAAUUGCCCUUCAAAUAUUCAGAAUAAUUUGGUGCUGAAAGCUGUGAACAACAAUUUGUACAGCUUUUCAUGCAAGGGAAAUCUCACUCUAUUGAUGCCAAAAAUGGAAGAAAGAAAGAAACAUAAUGUACAACAAGAAAUUAAUUAGCAAAAAGUGUUUAAAACAAGAUUUGUGUUUGUAUUUGUAUGUAGAGGUUAUGGAUGUGAGACAUUCUUUGUAGUGUAAUGUAGUUAAGGAUGUACAUAUGAUGUAAUGUAAGUAUAUACAUUCUGGUAAAUGUCGUUUCAGCUUUAAUAAUAUCGUUUCAACUGCAAACAC